UGACUGACGAUAUCUGCCCUCGGUUACAAUUGAUUAGCUUUGUUUUCGAUAAGAACUGGUAUAUAUUUGGGUACCGGUCAGCCCUGAAAAUCAGUUCUUAUUAGACUAUCAGCUCGCAAGUGCUACAACCUACCCCAACACUACUAAUCAUGGCUUGCCUUGAAAUCUGCCUGGCUCUCUUGGGUCUCGCUCUGUUCAUCUACUACUGGUCCAUUGGCACCUUCAAGACCUUUGAGAACCGGCAACUACCGUACGAAAAACCCUGGCCAUUCUUUGGAAAUGUGGCCGCCUCGGCGCUACAACGAAUCUCACUGCACAAACAACUCACCGAAUUUUACCUGCGCACGCGUCACCACAAAGUGGUGGGCUUCUUUAAUCUCCGCAAGCCUAUAGUCCAGAUCAACGAUCCCGAACUGAUCAAGAAGAUCUGCGUUAAAGACUUUGACCACUUUCCCAAUCACCAGCUGAUGAUUACCACCAAUGAACGACUGCUUAACGACAUGAUCAAUGUGAUGAAGGAUCAGCGUUGGAAGCGUAUGAGGAACACAUUGACUCCAGUGUUCACGGCUGCUAAGAUGCGCAACAUGUUCACCCUGAUGAAUGACAGUUUCUCUGAAUGCAUGCAGCACCUGAACAAAUUAUCACGUAAUUCCUCCGCCGGCAAAGACUUUGAAGUGGACAUGAAGUUAUUGUUCAACAAGCUCUCCAGUGAUAUAAUCGCCACUACGGCUUUUGGCCUGAAGGUGAACUCAUUUGAGAACCCAGAAAACGAAUUCUAUUCGGUUGGCCAGUCACUGAUCUUUUCCACAGCCUUCCAGUUCUUUAAGUUUACACUUUCUGCCCUGGCGCCUAAGCUUUUUACAUUCUUCAACAUGAAAGUCUUCGAUGGCAAGAAAGUAGAUUACUUUGUUAGCCUGGUGGUGGAUGCCAUGAAGCUGCGCGAGGAACAGGGCAUCACACGUCCCGACAUGAUCCAAUUGAUGAUGGAGGCCAAGAAGGAGAGUCAGGAUAAUUGGACGGAUGACGAGAUUGUGGCCCAGUGCUUCAUCUUCUUCUUUGCUGCCUUCGACAACAAUUCCAAUCUGAUCUGCAUUACGGCUUAUGAACUACUGAAUAAUCCAGAAAUCCAAGAACGUUUGUACCAGGAGAUCAAGGAAACGGAAGAGGCUCUGAAUGGUGGUUCCCUGACCUAUGAUACUGUACAAAAGAUGACCUAUAUGGACAUGGUGAUCUGUGAGACACUGAGAAAGUGGACCCUCUCUCCCUCCAUAGAUCGCGUUUGCUCCAAGGCUUACACGUUGACUGAUGGAGAUGGUAACAAACUUUUUGACUUCAAAAAGGGUGACUUGGUUACCAUUCCCAUUGCUGGUUUGCAUGGCGAUGAUCGCUACUUCCCCGAACCCAGGAAAUACGAUCCAGAACGUUUUAAUGAAGAACGAAAAACUGAAAUCGUGCCAUUUACCUAUAUACCAUUUGGUGCUGGACCUCGAAGCUGCAUUGCCAAUCGUUUUGCCCAGAUGCAGGUGAAGGGCAUGCUUUACCACUUAAUGCUGAACUUCAAGAUUGAGGCUUCACCCCGGACCAUUAAAGAUAUGUGGGAGGAGGCUCGUAGCUUCAGCCUGACCCCCAGAUCUGGAUUCUAUAUGCAAUUGGUGCCACGCCAAUAACCGAUUUUGUAACCGAAAAGACUGAAUGUGUGAUGAUGCUUUUAUAUACUCCGCACGAAUAUGACAAACGAAUAUCAGUAUUAUUUUGUUAUACGUGUACGGUUAACACGAAUGGAAACAAUAAAUAUAAUAUAGGAAGUAGGAUUUACACAAAAUUCAUAGGUUUUCUCUUACUGUACAAAAACCAGAAAAACAAGAGACGACUAACAAACUAAGUAAACACC